GGUGCUGCGAUAAUCGGCAGUAUAAAAGAAAACCGUGUCACAGAGUUCUUACUAUUCUGUAAGAUACGUUUGUUCACCUGAGGAAAGAUUUUUUUAGACCUUUGGUGGUUGUGCUGCCUUUUUUUUUUCGACGAAAAACGACGAGGAUUAAUUCUGGAAGGGGUGAUGACGACGACUCUGGCUAGCCAAGGGUGCUACGCUUCAGCCAUGGGGAGUCUGGACUGGCUUGAUACGUCUUACAGUCCGCUUCAGCUUAUUGAAAAAUAUAAGCUGCCCACAUUGGUCCGCAUCUGCGAGGGUUACUAUGGCAACACGACUAAUUCCUGCUUUUCCGCCAUGGACGUCAUCAAGAUGCACGAAAUCCAGCGCGUGGAUAUGGUACUGACUAAAAUUGUGGAGGGGGACGGCAGCAGGUACCCUGAUCCCCCGGAGCCCAUUCGUAUCUGCUUCCCCAAGAACUUCUCCGGUCGCUUCGAUCCGGUGCACCAAGCGGGCGACAAGAUGCCCAAAUACUUCAAGAGCGUCCGCAAGUUGGCCGAGUUGACCCCGCACUUCGUCCGGGUCAAGAAGCGGCCGUGUAAGAAGGGCGAAGGGCCGGACAAGGACGACAUCUUGGAGAUACUUGGGCUGGCCAUGUGCGAGUCGUGGUUGGAAGACCGCGGCUUCCUCAGAUGUCGCAAGCCGGACGGUGAAGAGGUGAUGCUGAGCAUGAAGUGGGCAGGAGGGUUCGAGGCUAUUCCCGACCCGGAGGGGUACACUUUGCAAGACAUGCUCAAGCGGUUCGUCUUACCGUGCAAGGUGACCCUAAGGGAUCCCCAGUCACACCUUCACCCCGAGUCGGACCUGCUCAAGCUACUCCCCCAGCUGGAAGGCACCCUGGUCCUAGAGCGCGAGAUCACCCACGAGUUCCUGGUCGGCACUGCGGUGGAUGUAGGCGCUCUUGCCCAGCCUCUUGGCAAUGGGGCUAAGGCCAGGUCGGCACGACACCAAACAGCCGCCGUGCCCUGGGUGGUGCUGACCAAGAACGCCAACGUGCUGUUCCAGAUCUGCCAGGACAUGGUCCACAAGAGGGCGACAUACAUGUCCCUGUUGGACAUGUUCGGCGACUGUUGCAUGGAUAAAAUACCCGUGGAGCUCUUUAUCUGCGAGUUUGCCACACCAUUGGUGGCGUUUGCCCGGACGGAGGAGCCACCGAUCUCUACGGCAGGACCGACACAUGUGACGGGUAUGCCCAGCAAGACUCGCAGCAUAAGCGCCCCCGACCUUUCUCUAGGCGCAGAUAACGAGGUUGAUGACUGUGAAGACAACGGGUUUUGCCGUUUGCACGUCAAUCCGGACGUGAAAAAGCGGAUGGACCAACGGGAGCUCCCGCCUCUACCACCGGAAGCAAACCCCGGCACAGGUCAGUUCCGCAGAUUCGGCACGCUACCAUCCCAAAUCCAGGCACGUAACAUGCAGCAGCUAUUUGAAGAACUGCAAAGGCCUACGGCUGGUCCGUUCCGCAUGGCAUCGAAAACAGAGAACGAGGACAACGAAGACCGCGAGCCAGACUGUGGACCGUACACGAACCCCUUCGACCUAAGAGAAUAUGUUACAGGGCGACCGGGCGGGGCAACGCCAUCCGCAUCUGAUUGCCCAACAAAUGAGCCCGUCCCGCGAAUGGCGCUCCCAAUCCCUCCCCACCCCGACCCGCCUGUAGAGUUCACCUCCCAACAAUCGAGCUACGCCCAAAUGGAUGAGAUCAAGAUGCCAGUUGCGAAUCCCGAGUCACAUGACGCCCCGCCCACCCGCAAGCCCCCGCCCCCUCCCCCGCGGACCACGCCCGUGCGGCCGGAAUGUAAUACGGAUGUCGUGUACGGGAACAUCGAACCGGAUCCCCCGGUGGCGUUCUCGGAACCGACCGCGCCCAAACCGACCACGCCCGAGUCCUCCCCACCGCCCAUGCCUCGCCGCGCGCCACCGGUCCCACGGACUCGCACGAUUUUCCCAGAUAACCAGCGAAUCAACUUGAGUGUAAGCCACAGUUUCAGCACGGUCCACGAAACUCUUCGGAGCAGGAACCGGUCACCGGGACGACUGGAGCGGUCUCACGAGGCGCCGAUCUGGUGCGGCCGGCCUGCAUCCGCCUCGGCCGAGUACCUGAAGCCUCUGUAUCCGACGAAAGGAAUGGGGAAAAAAAGGCUGACUGCUUCCUCCAAAUCAGCAGAGAGUCUGAUAGAGAAGGUUGAUUCUUCUGACUCGCCAUCAUCACACGAUGCAAGCAAGCCUCCAGAGGCGUCUGCUACGGUGCAGAGCCGUCCCAUCACGCCUUGCAAGCCUACACGGCGCAUCACGCGCGUCAACCACAUCCCGAAGGACAUCAGCACGCUGACCAGCUCCGAGCUGGCGCAGUGUCUUCGCCUGCUCAGGCUGGACGAGAACAUCGUGAACCGUUUCCAACUCUACCAGAUCAACGGCUCGCUGCUGAUGCUGCUGAACAGCGAGACGGUGCGCAAGCAGCUGGAGCUGACCGACUUCCAGGCGGAGAAGGUGGACGCGUUCCGGAAUGGUUGGAGGCCAGACGAGGAGGCUUGAAGCACAUAGUGCGCCCCCAAGAGGGAAGCACGAUCAGAGCCAAAAUGGUCAGGUUCGCUUGACCCAUCCGAUCUAUCUGGUGACAGCAAAUCCUCUUUACUAAGUCUUUACUAAUGACAACUUUCCAUUUAAAAGAAAAAUGUACGGGCAUUUCGUGCGCAAGGUUCGUGCAUACGGCUAUAGAGCAAGUUCGAUCGAUAGGGUUAGCCAUAGCUCGACUUACUUCACUCGAACGCAGGAUUGUUGGACUACUCUAGUCGACUAUUAUUAUUAAGGAAUUGAGUCUGGGGCCCCGGCACGGUUGCAUUGACAUUGAUCUCCAUUAGCAACUAACUGAGAUAAAUUGCUGGAUACCAAUAGCAGCGCGCAUCAUAAUGCAGGGAGCCGGUGUCAUAUGAAAAUCCGACUCGUAUGAAAAUCGGUCUCUUUUCCCCUUUUAUUGAUUAAACCCUCUUACGUAACCGGUCCCUCUCUUUAUUAUCUAUGCAUGAGCAUGCACAAUACCAACAUUGAGUCUGUAUUUCAUAAAGCCUAAAUUCAUGCUACACCGGGACCCAAAAGUUUUGUGACCAGGCAUGUUGCUAUUCGCAGGUGUAAGUUACGUCACAAAACAACCACUGGUCGCUGGUCCUCGCUCGAACUUGCUCGCCAGCACAGCCCGCAAAUGCUGACUACCUGAACAAAAUGUAUAAAUUGAGAACUCAAGAAAAUGAGUUACCAGCACACUCAGAGUAGGGCGUUGAAAACGAGCGGGAAAAAACACUACUUGAAAAGGGAGCCUGAGUGCACAGCGCCCCCAAGAGGCAAGCACGGAGCAACCUCAGACACUUCGGUAACGGACGGUGACAAAAGCACUGUUCCAGUCGCUCAGAAUAAGAAAUUAGCUUUGAGAUCUGCCGAAUAAGAAGAAUUGAAAGCACGAGUAAAAGAUAAAAUGUGUAUCGCAAAUGCAGCACCUAUAGUUAUAUUUGCACAAGCUUUCUUUCUUGAUUUAGUGCAUUGCAUAUUCCGUGUCAUACAACGCCUGAAUAAAUUCCCGUCAUCUGAUUGGUGGGUCGUUGGUCACAUGUCAUUGAAUAAUUAUUCGUCCCGCGGCCCGUCCGCACCGCAGAAAGUUCUAUUGCACGGUGAAUGUAAGUUCCAUUGCACGGUCACACGAUUGGUGGUUCUGACCAAUCAGAUGAUGAGA